CUCAGUUAUAAGUCUGUAUUGUGUUUGACACAUGGGCUGUAGACGGUAACAUUAUAGGAAAGAGAAAAAACGUUCUAAAUUUUUAUUGCAGUGUAAUGUAAGAAGAUUCCUACUGGUCCAUUCAUCAUUAAACAAUGUAAAGAGCAGCUGGUGUUUUCAAAUUAGGAGAAAAAAAGACAAAAAUGGAAACACUAGGUGUUGUCACAUUAGCGACAAUAUAAAUCUCCAUCUGUGUGUCAGUAUCCAGCACUUCAGCUCAGGAAGUGCUGAAUGGAGCUGUAGGAGAGUCUAUUACAUUCCCUACUCGGGUUCCUGCAUCUGGCACUAUAAUGUAUGGAGGCAGAACCAUUGGACAGGUGUUGAAUAAACAGACUGAGACAGACAUUACUGAGGAGUUUAAGAAUCGUCUCCACUGGGACAGUCAGAGUGGGUUCUUCACUCUCUCAGACCUGAGAACAGAUGACUCAGGUGUUUAUACUGUACAGAGCACUAAAGAGGAGAAGAGACAACAAGCCUAUCAGCUGAACAUGUACGAUAAAGUAUCUGUACCUCAGGUGAUAAAACUCAACUCUAGUUCUGCAGAGAGUGAACUCUGUUUAUUGCAGUGCUCAGUGAGGAAUGUGAGAGGACUGAAUCUGUUUUGGUUUAAAGGUGAUGUCUUAUUAAACCACAUCAACAGCUCCAGAUUUGAUGACACACUGAAUCUCCCUCUGGAAAUCACAUCAAACAAUGACAUCUUCAGCUGUGUAGCGUCCAACCCAGCCAGCAAGCAGACGACCACAGUCAACCUUACAGAGCACUGCUUUUACCACUCAGACAGAAAACCAGAUAAUGGGGUUCGUCAAAGGACUGUCAUUCUUACCUUUCCUAUCAUAUGUACUGCAGUGGCAGUAAUAGGGAUGGCUGUGUUUCUGUGGAGAAAGAAAUCUGCAUGUCUGCCAGACACAAAAGAUCAAAAAGAUCACCAGCUGAUCACACAAGUCAUAUAUAUGACAGCUGGCCCCUGAUGAAAUACAGCUACUUUUACAGCUAAUUUGUUUCAACACUCAACCACACGGCGCUCCGUCCACAGCAGAACAGCUUAGAGACAAACAGGAAAGUGGUGGUUAAACGAUACAAGUGUAGCUCAUGUUUGUGUCAUGUUUGUAUGCCGUUUUUCUGAGAGCUUUACUUCAACUUAUUUAUGUAUACUGUCUGCAUUUUAUGCAUAUUACGGUCUUGUAUAAAAGCAUCUUUCAGAAAAUUCUUAACCUCAUUGUACCUGAAGCUACAGUAAAGUACUUUAUCCUAAAGAUAUAAAGACUUUAGCUCGACUAGCUCGGCAGGACUAACAUUACACUGUUAAUUAUCCAUCACUUUAAUAUUUCCAUAAUCGUUAUGCUCACACUAACUUUGAGCUAUUACUUAAAUUAAAAAUAUGCU